AUGUCUCGUCUUAUUUAUAGUGUGCGUUCAACUAAAAACUCUUGGUUAUAUCCAGUAUUUAAUAGGACUUUAAAACUACAUAUUGCUAAUGCUCUUCAUCGAACAAACAUAUGUAUAUCUUUUCAUUAUUUUCGUUGUUUUGAAUCUUUUUCAUCAACACUUAGCUUUCGUCUUUUUUGGGGAUAUAUUGAUUGGGGAGUUUAUGCUCUUGAACUUAUACUAUAUGCUUGGACUACAAUUGAAAGACAUAUUCUCAUUUUUCAUGAUCAAUUAAUAACUACAAGAAAUAAACGUUUUUUUAUACAUUAUUUUCCACCAAUUAUAAUAUUUAUUUAUUGUUUAUUGUAUUAUACAAUAAUAUUUUUUGCUUCACAAUGUAAGGAUAGUAUCGAUGAUAUAACUGGACCAAGUUUAUUUCAUUGUGCUUAUGAAAAUAAUACACUUUACAUGUAUGAGAUAAUAGUUAAUGCAAUAUUACCUACUUUCAUUGUCGUUGGUUCGAGUAUAGUUCUGUUAUUACGUGUUGUAUGGCAAAAAUACCAUGCUCAUCGACAGACACAUUGGCGACAAUAUCGAAAAAUGACAUUUCAACUAUGUGGUAUAUCCAAUGACGUUGGAGCUGAAUUUUUAUCACGUAUGACGUAUGCUUCUUAUUAUACUUUACUUCUUUUUCCAAUAUUUUCUAUUGGAUCAUUACCAGAGCUGAGAAAAAAAUUCAUCAAAAUGAUUCCAUUUCGACGACCACUACAUACUAUUCAUCCGAGAAAUGUUCCUACCGCACUCAAAAUAAACAAUCGUGCAUCUAUUCAAUGA